AUGGGCAUCGUCAUGAAUGCCGUGACCGACCCGGGCUUGAAGGACCACCUUAUCCGGAACGCGGUCCGUUUGAAGACCUAUGUGGCUCUUAAGGAAGAGCUGCUAGAAGUUGCCCGCACCAGCCGGGUGCUGAACUCCCAGCCGGUGCCAAUGGACAUCGGUGCUGUGCCGGGAAAAGGAAAGCCGAAGGGAAAGGGCAACCAAGGUAAGGAUAAGGGUAAGAAACGGGGUGGCGGGAAGCCCAGCACCCCAGCUCCAAAGGCGAACCCAAAUAAGAACAAAGAGUGUCACUACUGCCACAAGCUAGGGCAUGACGAAGCCGACGGCAAGGCUAAGAAAGGUGACAAAGGAAAGAGCAAAGGCAGGAAGAACCGCCCUCACGCGGACGACCCUGGCAGCUACGUGGCGGCGCUGACGGCCGGCCAAGGUUCAGAAGUGCUGGUCGGCACCGGGGUCGAGGACGCGGAAGGGCAGAGUGCAGAUGGCACCGCCCGGGUUGAGGAUGCGGGUAGCCCAGCUGAAGGAAGUGCGGGUGGUCCCGCCAUGGAGGCCGGUGCGGGUGGCCCCGCCGAGGCCCCAUCAUCACCAAUGGAGCUCCCCAAGAUCGGGGAACCCACUGGGGAAGUAUCGGAGGCCACCAGGAAGCGCCCGGCAAAGAAGAUACCCGAUACGGUCAGUGUGCAAGAGUUCCAGGAACAUGCGCUGACCCACUUCCCGUACAGACAUUGGUGUGAGUCUUGUGUGGCUGGCAAGAGCCGGGAAGACCUCCACCAUCUUCGAACACCAAAGGAAAGAAAAGGGGAAGUGCCAAGGGUUUGCUUGGAUUAUUGCUUCUUGGGUCGGGCCCUCAAAGGUGAAGUUCCCAAGGAAGCCAAGACCCUGGAAACUCCAAUGGAUGAGGCAGAUGGUUUGCUGCCUGUGUUGGUUAUGGUGGACCAGGAGACCGGGUGCACCUUCAGUGCUGUAACGGCAAAGGGCGUGAAUGCCUACGCGGUUCAUGUAGUGGUGGAAAUGCUGAAGUUCCUUGGGCGACAGCGAGUCAUCCUGAUGACCGACGGCGAGCCCGCCAUUAGGUCCCUAGCGGAGGCCGCUGCAAAGCAGAUCGGUACGGGAGCCCAGCUUCAGCAUGCUCCGAAGGAGACCCAUGGACAAUCGAAUGGGGCAGCAGAGCGCGCCAUUCUUGAAACCGCCCGGCAAGUGAGGACACUGGCGCACGCCGUGGAAGCAAAGUACCCUGGCCUCCACAUCACCAACGAAACGGAGUUGUACCCGUGGUUGGUCCGGCACUCUGGCUGGCUGAUCACGAGGUACCUGGUCAAGGCUGAUGGGCGCACCCCAUAUGAAAGGCUAAGGGGAAGAGAGUACAAAGGAGAGAUUGUGGAACCGCUGGAGACGGUACAAUACAAGAUUGACAAGGAGGUGCCGCUCGGUGUGGCGAAGGGUCGAAAACAAGAGAUGGGCACGGCGGCCAUCCACCGUACAGCGCCGGAGCUGCUGGGUACUGCUGCCAAGACACCAGUCACCAGACCCAGCCAAAGCUCUAGCUCUGCUGGCAACCAAGCCACCAAGAGAGGGAGCGAUGGUUCAAAGGGUCCCAGUGCCAAGAUAGCCAAAGAGCAAAGGAAGGGUGGCGAAAAGAGAGCCGCUGAACUUUCCUUGGAGGAGGCUCUCGCCCAAGACGUUACCCUUGAAGACGAGGUUCCUUUGGUUGCAGGGUACCCUGAGACAGGUACCGUAACGCAAGCCUUCGACGAACGAACAGGCGAGGAACUACCACUUGAGAAAGUGAAACAUGCUCGUGGGCGAGAGUUGGACAAGAUGCUGGAACACAGCGUCAAAAAGGACAUCAGCUGGGAAGAAGCGCGGAGGCGCAAGCUGAAAAUAGUUAAGUCUCGUUGGGUGGACGGCUGGAAGGUCUUGCCAGACGACCCGGAAGGAGUCAGGUCAAGAUGCGUCGCCCAGGAGAUUAACAAUUACCAGCGCGAAGAUGUCAGCUCAGGCACACCUCCUUUAAAAGCGCAUCGCAUGGUGCUAGCACACGCAGCGACACGCCGCGCUGAGGAGGCUGAGCACACCAAGCUCAUUGGCCGCUAUGAUGUUAGCAGAGCCUUCUUUCAUGCCGAGGCCACCGGAAAGAUAGCGGUAGUGCCGGCGAGGGAUGUAGAUGAAGGCCACCUCUGGUACUUGCUGAAAGCCAUGAAUGGCACAAGGGAGGCAUCGAAACAGUGGUCAAUCAAAAUUGCCAAGACAAAGAAAAGGCACGGCUUCUUGGAAGUCGCAAGUGUACCUGGACUGUAUUACCAUCCAAUCCAAGACCUGCCGGUCUCCUGCCACGGGGACGAUUUCCUUCUCCCGCGUAUUGGUCCAGCACACUGCGGAGGGCAAUGCACCCAAGGCGACCAUCUGCACAGAAGGAUCUCAUGGGGCCCCAAGGGUUACACAUGGGAGGCAGAUGAAAAGCACGUGGAGGUCUUGGUUUCCGGACUAGGACUUAAGGGAGCCAAAGGUGUUGAUGCCCCAGCGAGCAAGGACUGUGGAAAGUCCGACAGGGAAGCAGAAAAGGAGCUAGAUGCUGAGGAGGCCGCCUUGUUUCGCAAGAUGGCCGGAACCGCAUUGUAUCUGUCGCUGGACAGACCUACAAUACAGUUUGCGGUGAGUGACAUCACAUCAGGCAUGGCUCGCCCUCUGCGAUUGCACAUGCACAGGCUUCGCAGAUUGGGCAGGUACUUGAUAAACCAUCCACGCGAGGUUUGGAAGUUUGAGUACCAAGAGGCUCCAAAGGAGCUGGUCGUGUACACAGACUCAGACUGGGCAAGUGACACCCGAAACCGCAAAAGCAUGAGCUGCUAUGUGGAGAUGUUCGGGAAGCACAUGAUUGAAUCAUCGUGCGCUCGGCAAGCUGCCGUGGCGCUUAGCUCUGGAGAGGCAGAAUUCUAUGCCCUUACCAGAGGGGUAGUUGCUGGAGUUAUGUCACAACAGAUCUGGGAGAUCAUCAACUUCAACCUACCGGUUGUUGCAAGAACGGAUUCAACAGCAGGCAGAGGGAUAGCCCAACGAAAGGGCUGUGGAAAGGUAAAACACCUUUCCAUCAGGGAGCUUUGGCUCCAAGACUUCGUUCAGGAGGGAAGAGUGAAAAUCGUCAAGGAACCGAGGAAGACCAACAUUGCUGAUGUUGGGACCAAGGCCCUUCCUGGACCACGAGUUUCAGAGCUUGUGAAGAUGAUGCCGCUCAGACGGGGCUUAACCGCGGCUAUUCCUGCAAGCUGCCUGUUCUGUACGGAAGCCCAGCCGACAGAGCCAGGUAACUUUGAGCCCACUACGUUUUGGACCUACGUCGUGCUGCUACACGUGUUGGCAGCGGUGGGUCUCUUCAAGUUGUGUCGGGACUGCAUGUCCCUCUUCACGCGCCCCGGGAGGACUAGCCCGGAGAGCGCAGACGCAGAAGUACAAGCCACUUUGGCCCCUGUAACUUCUCUGAACGCGGGUAACACCGCUCAGCAUCUGGUAAACAUCCAGAUCGGAACAGUCAACGAUGUCGGGGGACGCCCUGGCAGGACUGAGGAAGCCGUGGGUGCGCCCACGCCGGCUCCACAGGUGGCGGCAAGCCCCGCACCUCGAGCUGAAGGCCCUGGAGGGGCCACCUCGCAUCAGACUGGAGCGAGGCACCGGAUCAACAGGCCAACUCCGGACAGACGCGUCUUUGUCACAAGUCAAGGACCAAGGAACUCGUUACCACAAGAACUCCUGUGGUGA